AUGCCUCCUAUAAAGAAUCGACCGAAUUGCGCUUUGGAGCGUCGCGGGCUACGGAGGAUAAGGGACUAUACACUUCGGAGCGUAGUGGUGGCGGAUGAAAGCCCUUCGAACGAUAUCGAACCGACCGAACUAUACGCUUUGGAGCGUUGCGGGCUACAGAGGAUAAGGGGUUAUACGCUUCGGAGCGUAGUGGUGGCGGAUGAAAGCCCUUCGAACGGUCAGUCUGCUGACCCCAUCAUACCGCAAAGUCAUACUAACCAUGCCUCCUAUAAAGAAUCGACCGAAUUGCGCUUUGGAGCGUCGCGGGCUACGGAGGAUAAGGGGCUAUAUGCUUCGGAGCGUAGUGGUGGCGGAUGA